AUGUCAGUAACUGUCCUCAAUGUCACCGAGACUCUGAAACGUGGAUUUUAUUCAGCAUUUUAUUCAACGUCCGCACAUCUCUGUAUCACCAGCCGAUACCUCAGCAACUACUCAAAAUGGCUUCCAACUGUCACAUAUCCACCUCACCAGCCGAUACCUCAGCCACUACUCAAAAUGGCUUCCAACUGUCACAUAUCCACCUCACCAGCCGAUACCUCAGCCACUACUCAAAAUGGCUUCCGGCUGUCACAUAUCCAACUCACCAGCCGAUACCUCAGCAACUACUCAAAAUGGCUUCCGGCUGUCACAUAUCCACCUCACCAGCCAAUACCUCAGCAACUACUCAAAAUGGCUUCCGACUGUCACAUAUCCACCUCACUAGCCGAUACCUCAGCCACUACUCAAAAUGGCUUCCAACUGUCACAUAUCCAACUCACCAGCCGAUACCUCAGCCACUACUCAAAAUGGCUUCCGGCUGUCACAUAUCCAACUCACCAGCCGAUAUCUCAGCAACUACUCAAAAUGGCUUCCAACUGUCACAUAUCCACCUCACCAGCUGAUACCUCAGCAACUACUCAAAAUGGCUUCCGGCUGUCACAUAUCCAACUCACCAGCCGAUACCUCAGCAACUACUCAAAAUGGCUUCCAACUGUCCCAUAUCCACCUCACCAGCCGAUACCUCAGCCACUACUCAAAAUGGCUUCCAACUGUCACAUAUCCAACUCACCAGCCGAUACCUCAGCAACUACUCAAAAUGGCUUCCAACUGUCACAUAUCCAACUCACCAGCCGAUACCUCAGCCACUACUCAAAAUGGCUUCCAACUGUCACAUAUCCACCUCACUGUCACAUAUCCACCUCCCUAGCCGAUACCUCAGCAACUACUCAAAAUGGCUUCCAACUGUCACAUAUCCACCUCACCAGCCGAUACCUCAGCCACUACUCAAAAUGGCUUCCGGCUGUCACAUAUCCACCUCACCAGCCGAUACCUCAGCCACUACUCAAUAGGCUUCCAACUGUCACAUAUCCACCUCACCAGCCGAUACCUCAGCCACUACUCAAAAUGGCUUCCAACUGUCACAUAUCCACCUCACUAGCCGAUACCUCAGCCACUACUCAAAAUGGCUUCCAACUGUCACAUAUCCACCUCACCAGCCGAUACCUCAGCCACUACUCAAAAUGGCUUCCGCUGCUUCAUCCACCCUCAAUGUCAAGAUAUCCACCUCCCAGUCGAUACCUCGCAACUACUCAAAAUGGUUUCCAACUGUCAUACAUAUCCACCACCAGCCUAUACCUCAGCCACUACCAAAAUGGCUUCCCACAUAUCCACCUCACCAGCCAUACCUCAGCUACCAAUAGGUUUCCAACUUGUCACAUAUCCACCUCUACCAGCCGCAUACCUCACACUACCAAAAUGGCUUCCAACUGUCACAUAUUCACCUCAUUUAUUACCAGCCACUACUCAAAAUGGCUUCCAACUGUCACAUAUCCACCUCACCAGCCGAUACCUCAGCCACUACUCAAAAUGGCUUCCGGCUGUCACAUAUCCACCUCACCAGCCGAUACCUCAGCAACUACUCAAAAUGGCUUCCGGCUGUCACAUAUCCACCUCACUAGCCGAUACCUCAGCCACUACUCAGGGCGUCAUGGUAACAGGGAGUCGGACACACAGCUGGUAACAGAGGAGGAGCAAUGCUGUGUAUUCACUGGGCUCUGA